GAUACAUGAUUAUUACUCGGCGACCGACUUCAAUUCGCUCCUGAUAAGACAUAUAGCUAUAUACAAAGCAAGAUAUAUAGAUAGCGCUCUGAAAUUGUCUGCGCAAGCUCGAUAGGCAGGCUGCUUGUUGCCUUGCGCUAAGUGCCAGCUUUACGACGGUCGAUUUGUGAUCAUAUGACUAGAUCCGCUGAUCGUCACAAGUUCGUCUGGUCGAGUGUUGUGCGUGUGGGCGUGCGUUUCUCUCGUCAAUACUUUAAGAUUUUCGAUUAAUUUCGUUCAAUUUUAGUGUCAAAACGAAUCCCUAAGCGAAGAUGAAGGUCUGCGGCCCUAAAUAUGCCUUGUGCGGUUUAGUUAUCUCAGCCUGGGGUGUCAUACAACUUGCUUUGAUGGGAAUAUUCUUCUUCUUCAGAAGUGUAGCUCUUAUAGAAGACAUUCAUCUGGAAGAACAAGAAGUCCUAGACGUAGCACAAUUUUAUGUAGAAAUGAAGCGUGGUUACGAUGCAAAUGCCUUCAACUGCUGGAUAGCUGCUUGCAUUUAUGUGCUUACUUUCUUGUUUUCUGGUUAUCAGUUUUAUGUUAAUUCAAGAUCAUCGCUAGCUGUUUAAUUGUUAAGAGUUGAAUGUUGAAAGUUGAGUGUCAUGGAUAAAAGUUUAUCAAAUUAUUUAUUCAGAGUGAAAAAAACUUUUCACUUGCAUACAUCAAAUAGUUUAUUUACUUAAAACUUGAUUAAGCCCUAAUGAUUUGUAUAAAAAAUAAAAGUGUACCGAGUUUCAUUGUGAAAUUGGUUGUUCAGAGAUAGAAGAGUAAUGAAAUAACCAAAGUACUUCUAUCUUUUGCUGAAUGUAUCUAUAAUACUUCAAUCAACUUAUAAUUCUUGAAAUUAUAAAGAAUAAUUUUCAUUCUGGGUCUAAGAGAUAAGAUUAUAUAUAAAAACAUUUUAAUGACAUUGUAUUAGACAAACCAUCUACCAUGAAACUUUUAAAAACCAUAGUUUCUAUUGAUUAAAUGAAUCUAUGUUCUUUACCCGUGCAUGAAAAAUUUAUUGUUCAUUCAGAUAUAAGUGAAAAGUAAUCUUUUAAUAUGAAUACCAUGUUCAGACACCAGAUAUUGUACAGUGAGUAAGGAUAAUGUUAAUUUUUGUUGUAUUUAGAGACUUGAUCAUUUACUCUACUUCAUGAUUGAUAAAAAAAUAUAAUUGUAUUAUACAUUCCA